GAGGUUACCCCGCCGCCUCAGCCGCCACCCACCGCCCGCCGCUGCCGCCACCCGGGCGACGCCGGGGGCCGACGCACUGCAGAGGUGCCGGCAGGUUCCGCCCGCGGAAGUCUCUUCGUCCGUCGCAACCCGCGCUCCGCCCGCGCUCGGACGCCGGCACCGGCGGACGCCCCCUCGACGCCUCCGCCGCCGCGCUCUUUCCCUCCGCCUCUUCUACGGCGCGCCCGCCUGCUCUCUCGCUUCUCCCCCUUUUCCUCCUCCCAGUCCCCUCUCCUCCCCUCACCUCUUCCCUCUCCACCUCCCUCCUUCUCGGCUUCCUUCCCCCAUCCCCUUGACUCUCCCCUCCCUGCCCUCGCUCUCUAGCUCGCCCUCAGUGCGGCCCCCGCCAUGACGGAGGCGGGUGCCGGUGCCGUUGCCGCCGUUGCCGUCGCAGGGGGGGAGUCGGGUUCCCAGAAAGUAGCUUGAUGAGUGUCCAAAGUAGCAGUGGAAGUUUGGAGGGGCCGCCAUCUUGGUCCCAGCUCUCCACGUCUCCAACCCCGGGCUCGGCGGCGGCGGCCAGGUCCCUGCUGAAUCACACGCCGCCAUCCGGGAGGCCCAGGGAAGGUGCAAUGGAUGAGCUCCAUAGUCUGGAUCCAAGAAGGCAGGAAUUAUUGGAAGCCAGAUUUACAGGAGUGGCGAGUGGCAGCACUGGGAGCACUGGCAGUUGCAGUGUUGGAGCUAAAGCCUCAACAAAUAAUGAAAGCUCUAAUCACAGUUUUGGAAGCUUGGGAUCUUUAAGUGACAAAGAAUCAGAGACACCAGAGAAGAAACAAUCGGAAUCAUCCAGAGGAAGAAAGAGAAAAGCAGAAAAUCAGAAUGAAAGUAGUCAGGGAAAAAGUAUUGGGGGACGUGGCCACAAAAUUAGCGACUAUUUUGAAUACCAAGGUGGGAAUGGCUCAAGUCCAGUAAGAGGCAUACCUCCUGCAAUCCGUUCUCCUCAAAAUUCACAUUCACAUUCCACUCCUUCUUCAUCUGUUCGACCUAAUAGCCCUUCUCCUACUACACUAGCAUUUGGGGACCACCCUGUUGUACAACCAAAGCAGUUAUGUUUUAAAAUUACUCAGACUGAUCUCACAAUGCUGAAAAUAGCAGCAUUAGAAAGUAAUAAAAACCAGGACCUGGAAAAGAAGGAAGGUCGUAUAGAUGACUUGCUCAGGGCUAACUGUGAUCUCAGACGGCAAAUAGAUGAUCAACAAAAAUUACUUGAAAAAUACAAAGAACGAUUAAAUAAGUGCAUAUCAAUGAGCAAGAAACUGCUUAUUGAAAAGAGUACCCAAGAAAAACUGUCAAGCCGAGAGAAGAGUAUGCAAGACAGAUUACGCCUUGGACACUUCACAACAGUUAGACAUGGUGCUUCAUUUACUGAACAAUGGACAGAUGGUUUUGCAUUUCAGAAUCUUGUGAAGCAACAAGAAUGGGUGAAUCAGCAAAGGGAAGAUAUUGAAAGGCAAAGGAAACUUCUAGCCAAACGCAAACCUCCCACAGCUAAUAAUUCUCAGGCACCCUCUACCAAUUCUGAACCAAAACAAAGGAAAAACAAAGCAGUCAAUGGAGCAGAAAACGAUCCCUUUGUUAGACCAAAUUUACCACAACUGUUAACUUUGGCAGAAUAUCAUGAACAGGAAGAAAUUUUCAAACUGAGACUAGGACAUCUCAAAAAGGAAGAGGCAGAAAUCCAGGCAGAACUUGAACGUUUGGAAAGAGUUAGAAAUCUUCACAUUCGAGAGCUCAAAAGGAUAAAUAAUGAAGAUAAUUCGCAGUUCAAAGAUCACCCAACGUUAAAUGAAAGAUAUUUAUUACUGCAUCUGCUUGGUAGAGGUGGCUUUAGUGAAGUGUAUAAGGCUUUUGACCUUUAUGAACAAAGAUAUGCUGCUGUGAAGAUCCAUCAGCUUAAUAAGAGCUGGAGGGAUGAGAAAAAGGAAAACUACCACAAACAUGCCUGCAGAGAAUAUAGAAUACACAAAGAACUGGAUCAUCCCAGAAUAGUGAAGCUGUAUGAUUAUUUCUCCUUGGAUACAGACACGUUUUGUACAGUGUUAGAAUACUGUGAAGGCAAUGACUUGGAUUUCUAUCUGAAGCAACAUAAAUUAAUGUCAGAGAAAGAAGCUAGGUCUAUUGUAAUGCAAAUUGUAAAUGCACUAAGAUAUCUCAAUGAAAUCAAACCCCCUAUUAUACAUUAUGAUCUUAAGCCAGGAAACAUCCUUCUGGUAGAUGGAACAGCAUGUGGAGAAAUCAAAAUCACUGAUUUUGGUCUAUCCAAGAUUAUGGAUGAUGAUAGUUAUGGUGUAGAUGGAAUGGAUCUAACUUCCCAAGGGGCAGGCACUUACUGGUAUUUACCUCCCGAGUGUUUUGUAGUUGGAAAAGAACCACCAAAAAUUUCCAACAAGGUUGAUGUGUGGUCAGUUGGAGUAAUUUUCUUUCAGUGUCUUUAUGGUAGAAAGCCAUUUGGUCACAAUCAAUCUCAACAAGAUAUUCUUCAAGAAAAUACAAUAUUAAAAGCCACAGAAGUUCAGUUCCCUGUAAAACCAGUUGUAAGCAGUGAAGCAAAGGCCUUUAUAAGACGCUGUUUGGCAUACCGAAAAGAAGACCGAUUUGAUGUACACCAACUGGCAAACGACCCGUAUCUUCUCCCACACAUGAGAAGAUCAAAUUCUUCAGGAAACUUACACAUGGCUGGGCUGACAGCAUCCCCGACACCCCCUUCUUCAAGCAUAGUUACUUACUGACUUUCCUCCAAAGUUGGCAUGAUACCUUUGAAUUGCUUCCAGAUGCACACUUGAGUGUUUUUGUUACUUUCUUAUUUACACAGGACGUGGUUGAGAACUGUUUGCGAACUGAAGUUCUUUGUAGCGUCAUUUUAUGAAAGAGGAUCAUGGACAGUGAACAGAUGUACACUUCUGACUGUGCCCUUGAGCGGGGACAGUGACUGCCUGUUGCGCAGGGACAGGAAUACUGUGUUAAGAUAGAAGGAAAAUGAUUUGUUUGUUUGGGGGAACACUGUAAAUAACGUUUAUAAUACUUAAAUACAUUUGGUUGUUACUAGAGAGUUCUAAUAUGAAGGGUAGUUUUUCAUUAUUUAAAAACACUUGGAAAAAUGAGGCGUAUUUCUAACACAAGAACUGUAGUGCCUGGAUACGUUCUUCAGCAUUCGGCAGUCAAUCUGCUGAAACCAAAGUAAGAACUGAACGACGGUGACAGCUGUGUUUUAUAGUAAUAGAGUGUGAGAGUUAGAACCUUCAGACAGAGUUAGACUUUGUCACUUGCCUAUUCUGGCUUUUACGAUGUUGUACCUCAAAAUCACAUUUCUCCACCCCCGCCCCCCAUGCCGGUUAUGUUAAAGGAGAGCUGUUAUUCCCAGAUAACUUUACACCUUUGACAAAAUGAGCUGCUUAUUUUGAAAUCAGUUGAAUUCACUAAAUUGUAGUAUCUCCAUUGUUUUCAACAUGUUAGAACUGUUAACAGAUAUUUUUGUUUUGAUACCAGGCCGUGUUCUUUAAAACAAGUGAAAGUAUGUAACCAAAUGCAGACCAGUUCUAUGCAGGAUAAUGAUAAAUUCCCUUCUAGCUCUAUUGUAAAUUGUUGUACAUACGUUGUAUUUCAAUUACCAAGUUUCAGCAGCUUAUUCUUGUACAAAUGUUUAAAAAUAAGGCUUUUCUAAUUGGAUAUUGUAUUUUUUUUAAGUCUUGAAGGCGCUUUAAUUGCUGCUAAAUGAUGUUACUUCUUUGAGAAACAAAAAAAUGAAAUGACCUCCUUUAAAAGGUGCAAAUUGACUGUACAUCAUAGAGGCAUAUUAAAAGCAAGCAUUCAUUAAAAAUCAAGGCAUGUAAAAAUGAUCCAUGUUGGACAUACAGAGUUCUCUAAAUCUUGGGUUCUAGCGCUGUGGAGCACAUAGAUACUAGAUUUAUAAAUUGUUCAUGGUUAUUCUACAUUUCUAGAAGGUUCUUAAUAAGCAAGGUGGGAUGACGGUCCCAUAAACAAGUUUCUUGUGGUUUGUACAGAUUUCUUAAAAUGUGAACAUUUUCUAACUGCCUUGUAUGGUAGAAACCAUUAUUUUUCAGGAUGUUGUAUUUUACUCCUGUAAAAUUUAUUCCUUUAUUGUUACAUUCAUAAUGCUGAUACUUACAUGUAAGUUUUCUUUGUUGCCAGAAAAAGAAGCUAUACUUACUACAGAUUCUCCUUAAUAUUGUACAGUUUAGCCGUGGAUCUUAUUUCUGAUGUUGCAAGCCAUUUUGUUUUUCCAUUGUACAUACACACAUUGUCUCUUUAAAAUGCUGCUGAAAGUGUAGAGAAUGUAGCCAAACAGUAAUAAACAAUGACAGUUAAAGUUUGGAGACUAUGAAAAUUACAUUUGAAUGGAGCUUUCAAUAUUUAGGAUACUGGCUCUGACUUUGCUCCUUAAGAAUCAGCUGAAUAAAUUCUUUAAGUAUACUUCAAGACAAGUAUAAAGUAUUUUUCAAGACAAAUAUAAAGUGUUUCAAACUGUUCAAAUGAACCUAAUAACCAUUAUCAAGCUUAAUCCUGGGUAAGUAACAGCACUAUCAGGAAUGGCGUAAGGCAGCAGUCCCCAACCUUUUUGGCAGAUAGGACUGGUCUCAUGGAAGACAAUUUUUCCAUGGACAUGGGGAUGGGGAACAAGAGGCGGAGCUCAGGAGGUGAUGCGAGUGAAGCUUUGCUCACUUCCUACUGUGCAGCCCGGUUCCUAACAGGCCACGGACC